AUGAAUCAAAGUAAUACACGUCGUCGUAAACGAGUUGCACAUCGUCAAUAUAGUCUUAAGAUUAACAAGAAUACUAUAAAAGAUGAAUUAUUUUCUAUAUAUAACCAUCAACAACAAGAACAUUAUAAUAAUUAUAUACGAAAAAAAUCAGACGGGUUAAUAUGUAGUAUUUGUGAAGGACCAGCACAUGGUUAUAAUUUCGAUGCUAUUUCAUGUGAAUCAUGUAAAGCAUUUUUUCGACGAAAUGCUUUAAGAUCUGAUGGAAAACUUUUAUGUCGAACUAAUGAUGGUCAAUGUGUUAUUACAGUAACAACACGAAAACGAUGCAAAGCAUGUCGAUUAGCAAAAUGUUUUGAAAAAGGUAUGCGAGCAGAUUGGAUAUUAACAGAUGACGAACGUAUAAAGAAGAGAAAUAAAGUUGAAGAAAAUCGUCGUCUUCGUCAAAUAUUUUCUUUAAAUUCAAUUGAAUCAGAUGAAUCAUCAAAUAUUACAAUACAAAAUGAAUCGUUUGAAACUAAAGAUAUAAAUUUUUCUCCUUGGAUUUUUUCAAUAUUAUUAUCAUCAGAAGAUUUAAACAAAAUCAAACAAAUUCAACAAGCAUAUAUAGAUUCUAUUCGUUUAAUAUCAUUACCAUCAUCAACACCUUCAUAUCCACAUACAGCACGCAUUGAUGCUCUAUGGGAUAUGUUAAAUUUUCCAGCUAAUAUUCAAGCAUCACGUCUUAUUUCUUAUUUUAAACUUAUACCAGAAUUUUCAUCAUUGAAUCAAAAUGAUAAAUUAAUUUUAAUUAAAUAUAAUACAUUUACAUUAGUAUUUAUACGUUUAGCUUUAAACUAUGAUCCAUUAACUGAUAGUUAUCAUGAACAUGGUACAGAUGAUUGUGUAUUUUCCGGUAAAGAUUUUAUUCAAUGUUUUAGUUUACAACAAUAUGUACAAUCAACACGUUCUAUUGUUCGAUUAUUAGAUGCAUCACAAAAUGAUCGUCUUAUAACACAAAUAUUAUUAAUAAUAUUAUUAUUUUCAAAAGGUUCAUCAAUGUGUACAUAUGUAGAUGAAGCUGAACCAAUAGUACAAGAUGCAUUAUCUAUAUACAAUGUACAAAAUAUUUUCAUUAAUUUAUUAUGGAAAUAUUGUGAAGUUAAAUAUGGUUUUACAAAAACAGUUAAUAUAUGGUUAAAACUUGUUACAUCUUCAAUAGAAGUACAUUUACAAGCAUAUAAUAUUCGAUUAAAUUAUAUUAAAAAUGAGUUUGUUGCAAACUUACUUGUACCUCUUAUGAAAUCAGUUACAUUAAUCGUUUAA